GUUUCAUUUCGAACCUCAACCUAUCGCGACCAGGAUUCAACACAUUUUAUGAUUUUUCGUCUUUAAUUGGUACUAAACCUGCUCAUACAUCUCUCCAUGUAAAUGCUACUGUGUCACCGAGUAAGGCGAUAGGACCGACAUUCAUGUUGCGCAACGAUGAUGGCAUGGAACGCCAUAGAUAACUAUCAUCGUACAUCAUGGCCACUGCUGUUGUUUUGUCACCUGCACAUGAUGCGUUUGCUCCAGAAAUUCAAGGCAGCCAAGCUUUACCCGCAUGGAAAGUGCCAGCGACAACCAAAGAGCCUUUGGAUUGGGUUUCACUGGAAACUAUCGACUUAAAUGACCUCGAUUCCAACGAUCCGUCUGUUCGUGAAAGCCUUAUAUCUAGAUCUAAACAUGCCCUCUCUGUCGAUGGAUUUCUCUACGUCGUCGGUACCGGCGUCACGCAAGAAACCAUUGAACGUCAACUUGCCAUAACCCAACACAUAAUCAAAGGCAUUGCUGAUGAAGAGAAGGUCGGGUAUACCGCCAAGCUGUCCGAAGGCUCAUAUCGCGGCCACAAGCCGAAGGGAAUUUGGUCACGCGAAGGCGUCGUGGACAAUAUUGAACACUACAACUUCGAAAGUCCGUCAUUCGAUGGCAAUAUCGAUCAACAUCCACCCUCUUUACGGCCCUUUCUCCCAGAGAUUCAAGCAUCUGCCGACUAUACGUACAACCACAUAGUCCGCAAGAUACUAGAGAUCAUUUCGCUUGUCCUAGAGCUUCCUCCAGAUGCCCUUUGGAAGCUUCACAGUCAAGACGGUGUCAUUGGUGAUUCAUGCCAGCGAUACAUGGGCUACCAUCCCAGAAGCCAAGAAGACGAGGAGAAGACCAAAAACAUAUGGAGCAAGGGCCACACGGAUUACAACACCAUCUCAUUGCUAUUCUCUCAACCUAUAGCCGCUCUUCACAUUCUGACACCUAAUAACGAAUGGAAAUGGGUUCAACAUCGCGACAGCGCUGUCGUGGUAAACGUUGCGGAUGCACUGGACUUUUUGACAGGCGGUGUCUUGAAAGCAACACGACACCGUGUCAUCCGACCCCCCGCUGAUCAGUCCGACAUUACUCGCCUAAUCCUUAUUCAUUUUGCCCGGGCACGUGGAGAUCUUGUGCUUGAUCCUCUUUACGAGUCGCCGAUUGUCAAGCGUGAUGGGGUGCAUGCUUUCCAAGACCGUAUCGACGCGGGGGAGCGAGCGCCCACUCAAGCCGAGUGGCUGGCCGAACGAAUUAAACGGACCGGUCAUGAAAAAUACACCGAACACAAGAAGCCCGGCGAAGGGAGAGUACAAGAGCAAGUUCUAGGGCGGAAGGUGGACUACUACGUGUAGGUUCUGAUGAGGAGUGCGAGACACCCGGUGCUCGCGUCUGUUUUUCAGCUUCAAAUUUCAAAUGUAACAUGGCUGCAGGCUGAAGUUACUGCGGAUUGCGGUGACCGUUCAGCGGUGUUGGAAGAAAACGUAAUCCCAUGUACACUAAAUAUACACUUUUUAAAUAAUGCGUUCGA